AUGUUAGCAUCAAAAGAAGAAAUCGCGGCCCUUAUUGUAAACUACUUUUCCUCCAUUGUGGAAAAGAAGGAAAUUUCAGAAGAUGGUGCUGAUUCCUUAAACGUUGCCAUGGACUGUAUCUCUGAAGCCUUUGGCUUUGAAAGAGAUGCCGCUUCAGGUAUCUUAGGGAAGUCUGAAUUUAAAGGCAAAAGUUUAGCUGACGUGCUAAAUUCUGCAUCAAAGGCCUCAGAAUCAAAUGAAAAGGAUGAUGCUCAAAAUGUCGAAGUUAAUAUUCCAGAAGAAGAUGCAGAAACUAAGGCUAAAGCUGAAGACUUGAAAAUGCAAGGUAACAAGGCCAUGGCUAACAAAGAUUACGAGCUUGCAAUCAAUAAAUAUACUGAAGCUAUUCAAGUUUUACCAACUAAUGCCAUCUAUUACGCUAAUAGAGCAGCAGCACACUCAUCUCUGAGAGAAUAUGAUGAAGCAGUCAAAGAUGCUGAAUCUUCAAUUUCCAUCGACCCAUCUUAUUUCAGAGGUUACUCUAGAUUAGGAUUUGCCAAGUAUGCACAAGGCAAGCCCGAAGAAGCUCUUGAAGCAUACAAGAAGGUUCUUGAUAUCGAAGGUGAUAAUGCGACAGAAGCUAUGAAAAGGGAUUAUGAAAGCGCUAAGAAGAAGGUUGAACAAUCCUUGAAUCUAGAGAAAGCAGUUCCAGAACAGUCGAGAGAUGCAGAUGCCAAUGCUAGCCAAGGAGCUGGUUCAAGUGGAUUACCAGAUCUUGGUUCUUUACUAGGUGGUGGUCUAGGCGGUUUGAUGAACAACCCACAACUGAUGCAAGCUGCGCAAAAGAUGAUGAGCAAUCCAGGUGCUAUGCAGAAUAUUCAAAAAAUGAUGCAAGAUCCAAGUAUUAGACAAAUGGCGGAAGGUUUUACUUCGGGUGGAGGGGCUCCAAAUUUGUCUGACUUGAUGAAUAACCCAGCGCUCAGAAACAUGGCAGGCAAUCUAUUUGGUGGAGCAGACGCUCCAUCUUCAGAAGGCACACCAGACAGCGAAAACAAAUGA